CAAUUUCACGCUCAAGGAAUAUUAAAUCCUAUCGGGCACUCGAUUGAGUCGAUCGUGAUCUUGCCGGAGUGCUACCGCAAGUCCUAUUACACCAGCAAAAUGGAGAUUUAUAGAGCCAAGUACGAUUACCAGGACGCUUCCGAUGCGCUACUCAGCUUUAGACAAGGCGAUAAGUUUUAUAUCAUUGACAAGRCAAGCAGCGGAUGGUGGGGAGCUCGAAGACUUGAUAACAAUGACUUGGGAUAUGUUCCAUCAUCAUAUGUAGAAUUUAUAACCCUUGUUGAUCCGAUAACAUUAGAAUACAUGGAAACAGAGYCACCACAACCUGAGAAAGACAUCAAGAUGGAUGCUCUCUGUGAACUUACAGCGCAAACGCAAUGUCCACACUUAGGACGUAAUCACCCAAGUUAUCCUCCAGAGGACUACAUAAAAAAUCCACAAGACAGUCCAACACAGUCAAGAAAAAAAACUCGGCCAGAUAACCAAACAACAGAGCAAUCUAAACUACAGAAAGACCUUAAAUUCAGCCAACAGAGAGGUAUACAGUUGGGCAGACCAGAGCUUGUUAAAACGUGGGAAAAAUUUGAAAGUAAAAAGACAGCAAAAGAACAAGAACUGCUAAAUGAGACAGAAUUAGCAGCAAAACUAAAGAUUAUAUCCAAGAAACUYGAGGAAGAAGAACAAAGCAAGAAUAUUGAAGACUUAAAACCAGAAUUUAUGAAAGUAAAUUUAAAGAAAUCAAAACCUCAGGUCGCAAGCUGAUUUMACAUUGACCAGGACUUUAUCUAUGAAGACAUUAUUAAGUGAAAGGAUUACAUACAGUACCAGCAGCAAAUGAUAAAAAAGACUGAAAAAGAGAUUCAAAUUUUAUCUUCCUAAAGUAAGACAAAAGAUAUGGUUUAAUACUAUAAUAACCAUUUUACAAUCAGAGUCAACAGAAGAAAAAAAAAACACUGUAAAAGUCUAGAAUAAGUACUUGUUUGGAUUUUUGUUACRAUUAAAUGAGUGAUUUUUAACAGUUAAAUUUGUGUACAAGUUGAGUGAGAGUUGCAUACCGAGAAUGGAGGCUUUUAACCAUAGCCAAAGGCCAGAGAGAUAUAUUGGCUACCUUAGAGCAGAAGAUUUGAGGAUUGUACCUGCCUUAUUUCAUACCUACAGGCUUGAGGUUUUCAAAUGAGGAUUUAACAACACAGCAAAUCCSAAGAAAAAAUGUGAUAAUAUUGGCACUCAAGCAUUCUCGUUUUAGUGAGCAUACGUAGAUUAUGAAUUGUGGCACUUUCGAUGUUUUUGCUCAUUCGGUCCUCAUGGGCUAUUGACUCAAAGUUCAUUCAGUCUUGAGGACUAAUAAUAUUGCUUAUUAGUCUACUAACCAUUUCACUGGUUAAGUUUAUAUGAYCACUAACUCAUAUGCAGUGCAUCUGCAAUUAAGACAUAAGAUGAGCAAGGCUAAAUGUAGGGCUCUAAAUAAAUACAUGUAUGUAUACACA